ACUCUGCCUCCCUGUGCUUGAGCUUUCACAGUUGCACUAUUCCUGGGGCUUGUUGGAAAAUAACUUUCAAUUUGCUAAAUGUCUGACUCUCCGCUAAAUAACUCCUGGCCCUCCUUCUCAAAGUUCUGGAUGAAGCGAUGGUCAUUUAAAAAAGAAUGCAAACAGUGCUCUCAGGAGUUUCCCCAAGUCCAGGACCGAUCUCUACCAGCUUGUGUAAACAUCGAUAACCGGUCCAACUCGCUGAGUGAGGUGGAGGGGAUGUACUUCGACAAGAUGGCUGAGGGCAAGGAUGAUCCCUUCCUGGAUUAUGAUGAUUCUGCGACAGAUGCCACGAGCAGUACAGAAGAUAUUCUCUCCUUGGAUUCGUCACUGCAAUUGGGUUCGAUGCCUUUUAGGGGUCCUAAACUUUCCCGGUAUCCGUUAACUAGUAGUUCAGAAGAUAUCACCAGAGCAGAUACUGCUUCGGGCUGCCCAGCGCAACUCAGCAAAGUUGAAAAAAACAAUGUUGUCACUCAGCUUAUGGCCUGCUGUCCUUCACAAGAAGCCACGGAAAACAAGAAGCCUUCCCUGGUUCUGAAAGCCAGUGGGUGUGGUUUGAUGGAGGGAGAUGGAGUGGGUCAGAAUAACAGUGCAUCUGACCUUGAGAAUCUAUCGGAUGAUGAAGAUCAGGAUUCAUUACCUUUGUUAAUCAGGUCCAUGUCCAGCUCCAGAAGGCACAGCUGGGAAGGUCCUUUAUCUCCUUCAGCACUUGGAGACGUGAGGAGAAGGCUCAGCCUUGAUAUGCUCGGUAUUGACAGUGAUGGAGAAGGUGAUAGAGAGGAUGAAGACCAGUUGGACCAGUCGGGCUACGAAUUAGCAGAACCGCUCAACGCCAACUCAGAAAAUGAUAUGCAGGCAACUCGGGGUCAGGGGCAAGCCAACUCAAGCAUGUUGGAGAACGAAAUAACCAAGCAGGUGAAAGAGGGUACAACGAUGAGACCACGAUUAGAAACGUAUCUGUCCAAGGGAGCUGAGAGCCGCGCUUCCCGGAGUCUGGCUCCAGCCCAAUCCAGAGAGUCAGAACCUGAAACUUCCCUGGAGAUCCACGAGGAGAAGGAAAAUUUGGAGCCCAACCACUUGCUGGUUCAACAAGUGCUGCAAGAACUGAAAGCCUUUCAUGGACACUGCAACGGUUCAACAAGCAGUGCAAGAACAGCAUCAGGAUCGGGUGCACUGCCUCGUUCAAACUCCACCCAUGAUCUGACCUGGAUGGAAUUUCUCGCAGAAAAGGAGGGUGAUGGCAAAUGUGAAAGACCUGAGAAAGAAACAAAAGUGAAAAGAACUUUAAGUUCCCUGAAGAACAGGGUGACCGGCUCCUUCAAGGAUAAGGCUAAGACCAAAGAGAAAGAAAAGGAGAGUCCCAAAGAAAAGAGGAAGUGUAACAAUGGCCACCACUUAGUGCCAGGAUCCUUCUCCAGCUCCACCAGCUGUACCCUGUGCAGCAAACCGCUGAGUGGUAAAACCAGUUAUCAGUGUAUGAUUAAUACUCACAGUGAAGCAGCUCCUAACCUGCACAGUGCUCUCCAAAUAGAGCUGGAGGAUGUGAGAAGACCGAUAGUUCCAGACUUGCGAUGGAAUGUUGUGAUAUGCAGAUUGUAUGCAAAUAGGCGGCGGCUCCCAGAAUCCCUUGCGGCCGGUUCCCGGGGGAGAGAGAGAGCGGCACAGCGACCGCCAGGAUCCCGGACACCGCGCUUGGAGUCCCCUGAGCUGGCGCGGACAUCACCCUCUUACCCCGGCUACCAGCACCCGACAGAUUGUGCAGUGAAUGUACACAAGAAUUGUAGGACACUUCUAGCUGAAUGUACCACUCCCAAGAGCAAGCAAAAAGAUUCCCAGCAGAAGUAUUCUGGAAGUCCACAGAGCAUUGCCCAGCCUGCGUCUUUACUGAAGGAGCAGUCCCGGUGCUUACCGCUGGCCACUGAUGGCACGUCUGGAGCUGUGCGGAGUAUCGGCAUGACUGUACCACCAAGAAGACCUUCCCAACCGUCUUCAACCAGUGUGAAUAGCUACACCAAUCACGGAAUAACUGCAGGGGAGAUGGAGCAGGAAGUGGAGAAUGGAAUCCCUAAAAGCAAGACUUCUGCUGAGGAAACCCAGAGUCUAAUUUCGUCAUCUGUUGAGUCACUUGUGGCAGAAGACACCAUUUAUGCCUCUCUAAAGGCAGAGUUGGAGGCAGAUGGCCAAGACUUUGAGGCUGAAUCAUGGAGUCUUGCAGUGGACCAGGCGUAUGCAAAGAAACAGAGCAAAGAAGUCAUCAAAAGACAGGAUGUAAUUUAUGAGCUAAUGCAGACAGAGAUGCACCAUCUCCGAACUCUGAAAAUCAUGCUGCAUGUAUACGAUCGGGGAAUAAAGGAGGAGCUUCAGCCCAGCCUCAGGCACCUUGUCAGCAAAAUCUUUCCCUGCUUACACCAGCUGUUGGAAAUCCAUGGAGUUUUCUUCUCCAGACUGAAGGAGCGGCGGAAAGAUUCCUUGGAGGAAGGGAGUGACCGGAAUUACCUCAUUCAUAAAAUUGGUGAUGUCCUCUCUCAACAGUUUUCAGGUGAAUGUGGAGAGGAAAUGAAGGUGCAAUAUGGGAAUUUCUGUGGUCAGCACAACGAGGCAGUGAAUUAUUACAAAGAGAUGUACCAGCAGAACAAGAAGUUCCAAAAUCUAAUCAAGAAAUUAAGUAAUUACUCUGUGGUGAGGCGUCUUGGAGUGCAGGAGUGCAUUUUACUGGUCACUCAGCGUAUAACUAAGUACCCUGUCCUGGUGGAAAGGAUUAUUCAGAAUACUGAAGCUGGUUCAGAGGAUCAUGAAGAAUUGACCAAAGCAUUGCUUCUGAUAAAGGACACAAUAACAGAGGUGGAUGAGAGGGUGAGUGUUUGUGAGAAAGCUCGGCGUUUGAAGGAGAUUGCAAAUCGAAUGGAACCCAAGUCGAUAGCCAAGCUCAAGAGUGGAGAUGCCUUCCGUAAGGGAGACAUGCUGAGAUCGAAGAGGAGACUUCUGUACGAAGGAGUGGUCUGCUGGAAGGCUGCAUCUGGACGACUAAAAGAUAUUCUGGCCCUCGUUUUGACAGAUGUGAUCCUGUUACUUCAGGAAAAGGAUCAGAAAUACUCAUUUGCUACAGUGGACCAGAAGCCAGCUGGCAUUUCGUUGCAAAAGCUCAUUGUCAGGGAAGUAGCCAACGAAGAAAAAGGAAUGUUCCUCAUUAGUGCUUCUGAUGAAGGCCCUGAGAUGUAUGAGAUCCACACCAAUUCCAAGGAGGAGCGUAACACUUGGAUGGCAGUAAUCCGGGAUGCAAUAGACAGAUUCCCAAUAGAAGAGACAGCCCUGGAUGAAGAUCAGCAACAGGAUGAGAAAAGAGCAGCUCGAAUCAAAGAGCUCCAACAGCGCCUGAGUGCAAAGGACGAGGUGCUGAAGCGCACUCUGAGUGAGAAGCUGGAAAUCUUCAGUGAUAUAGCAGAAAUCCAGGGGUAUCUGGACGCAGGAAGGUCACGUGUGCUGCUUCGAGCUGAUGGCCUGGAGUCUCAGCGAGAUUCCACACUCAAUGAUGCACUGAAAGAAGUCGAAAACCUUCAGAAUCUGAUUGCUGCUCAGCCCACUGAUGUAAGCUGGCAAUUGGAUGACAGCUUAGGGUCCUCAGCGUUGCCACGACGAGCAGAGACUUUCGGAGGCUACGACAGCAGUUUAGCCAAUCCAAGCAAAGAUGGCUCCAUCAAAAGGAAGUCAAAUACGCUCUCUUCCAGCAGCGAGUUGAAGGCGAAGGAGAAAGCUGGAUCUCUGGCAAGUUCUGAACCUCAACUGCAGGACAUGUGCAGUGACAGUGAAAGUGGAUGGAUGGUUCUGAUUGCCCAAUACGACAGCUACAUUGAGAUGCAGCGAUGCACAGGCGCAAGUGGAGAACGAGACAGGCAGUCCCGCCUUCCAGCCUCGCGCGGGAGCCUACUCCUGGAGCAGGAGAAGCAGCGGAAUGUCGAGAAACAGCGCGAGGAAUGGGCUAAUGUGCAGAAGCUGCAGAACCAGGUGCGGCAGGAACAGCAGAAAUGGGAGCGGGAUCGCGAGCGCCAGAAGCGUGAGCUCGAUGCUCAGGAGGCUCGGCUCCAGGAACGUGAGAAAUCCUUGCAGCAGCUGACGGAGCGGUUAGCCCACGACAAGGAAGAGUUGGAACGACAGCGGCAGGAAUACCAACAGGACCUGGAACGUCUCCGAGAGUCCCAGCGAACGGUGGAAAAAGACAGGGAACGCCUGGAGCAACGACAGCGGAAGCAAUUAAAACACAACACAGUCCUGUUUCCAACAGAACCUGGGCAGAUCCCAGGCUUUCCUCCUGUUGAUGGAGACCGAAUGGAAGUGACCCCCAUACUGUUGAAUGAAGGAGGAAUGGCCCAGCAAAGCCUGAAGUACCAUGGCCAGCCGAGUGUGGUGGUGGCAGAACUCGGUGAGCGGUCUGCUGACACUCCACUUCAGAGGGAGAACAGCACUGCCUCGAUGUUUGCGAGAACUGAGAAUAGAUCUUCCCUUAUCCCAAAGACAGACGUACCCAUCCACCUCCUGAGUGCCACCAAUCAAAUCCUGAAACAGACUGGAGUGCAGCAGAAAAUUCCCACCAAACUUGCCACCUUGAAAGGAGGCAAGGAGAAGAGUGGGAAAGGAAAGGAUCGACAGUCCUCCAUUUCAGGCAUGGCCUCUUUCUCAACUCCACAUGGCACAGGGUCAGUCAGUGGAGACGUCCAGCAAAACAACCCACUGAAGUUCCUCACCAAGGAUGAUGGGACACUGAGAGGCAGGAGAUCCUCAAGUCCGGUGAUAUCAAGCAGCCAAAGUUUCUCCCACCAAGAAUCCUCGGUCCCUGUGGAUGUUCAGCGCGAGCCACAGCAAGUGUUAAGCACGUCAACAACAAGCGGAAAUGCACAGCCCCAGAGUGCGCCAGUGACUCAACAGCCAACACCACAGAGAGUGCAGGAUGAAUCUGGCACUGAAAUCAUUUUCUUCUGAACUGGACUGACAGCCGAAGAAGAUCCAGUGCAGUCAUUGGCAGACACGGGAAGCCCAGAAACUCUCACAGUAACGAAUAGGGGGAGAGAGGGAGCUGCUUGGCACUGAUGAUGGAAAUGGAAACAGUUUGAAACAUUGCCAGUAAUCUCCCAGACAAGUGUACUUGAAUUGCGCUCGAAACUGAGAGGGGCCCAAUGUUAGGACCGGAACCUGACUGUCUGGCACAUCAUUACCAGCAACAACUUGUCUUUAUCUCUACUAUUUCUGGGAGGGAGGGUCUUUCUUUUAGAAACCAUCAUGACUGUUGCACAUGUCUCUUGACCUGUUAUCAGGAGAUUUAGUCUGGAUGUUACUGCCACUCAUGUUUGAAAGUGUGCGCAGUAAUUAAGGGUGUUUUUGCCAGUGCGAGUCACAAUUGGACACUGGAUCUGCGAGAUGUGGCAGAAUGGGGGUUGCUAUGGACUGUCCACACUUCCCUUCCCUCUCCCCUCCCCCUUGCUGAAUUUGCAAACACAAUACAUACAACUUUUCUAACAGUAGGGACUGCUGAAUAGAAACCCCUUUCCAUGUGUCAGAAAUUGGGAAUGUCUUUAGGGCAGUAAUUUUUUUUUAAUGAUUCCAUGACUUUUUAAAAAAUGUGUUUUUAAUUCAUCCGAUGGGGGUGGGGGGUGGUGCGGGGGCGCAUGUUAUACUGCAAUGAUAUGCAAUGCCAGGGCAUGUGCAUCCCAGCUGGAGGACAAUACAUCGAAUUAGCACGGGGGAUAUCUCCUGAUUAUUUGAUGGCUGAUUAAGGUGCUGAGGGAGUUGAGGCAGAAGACAGUGAGAAGUUUGGAUUUGGGUAAAAAAGAACUUCACUGGGUAUUCCAAAAUAUUAUCGGAGUUCUGUUAAAAUCACUGAUCUUUUCUGUAAUGAUUCACUUGCUCUGUUGGUUAAUGGUAUUUGGGGGGGACCAAUUAUGUUGAGCAAUUAUUUUGUAAUCUGACCUUUUGUAGCCAUAAGAAAUCUACUGCUAAAGCGAGACAGUGGGAUUCUUGAAAUUGGCCAAGCUUUUGCCAUGGAUCAAAGAGAAUAUCGUGGAGAUUUAUUUGGUGGUUUUAUUCCUGUGUAGGGAGUGGAUAGGUUGACUCUAUUCUAGAUCACGAUUGUAUAGACUGAUUUAGGUGGAGUAUAUUUUAAAUUCUUAUUUCAUUAUGUUGGAGCUUUGUCAAACUAACCAAUGACAUCCAAACCCCAGAAAUGAUUUUUUUCUUUCCUUUUAUUUUUGUUUGGAUUUCUCUCGUUUGCUUUUUGAGGUUGCAGUACUCACCUGAGUCACUCGGGCUUUUGUGAUAGAGAACUGAAGCUGUGACAGAAACAGCAGGUCCUGUUCACACCUUGGGUGUGAAGGUUUUGACAUGAGAUAAUGACUAAGCAUAUCAGUAACAGGAAAUGCUUUUGCCUUUUAUUGCCAGCGUUGGAAGCCAAAAGUUUUAUGAAGCAUCUGUGCAUGGGCACAUGAGGUGGUCUCCAUGGUGGCUCUCCAGGUCAGGCCCUGAAUAAGUCAUCAACUGUUGACCAUUGUCUACUGGGAUAGUGAGACUUGUAAAGCGUGUAGUGACUGUUCUUGAAUUUCUGAGUUUGCAACCUCUUACUAGCCAAAAUUAUCCUUUGACCCAAAACACGGAGUCUGUCUGUCUGUCUGUGACUGGCAUAACAGGAAAGAAGCCAAGAAACCAAGAAGCAAAGUGAAAAUAAUCAGAGGUCAUGCAGAAAUCAAAAGCCAGGAGCAUAGAUAGAACAAGCAAUGGCUCAGUGCUGCUUCAGGUACCCAUACCAAUCCAAGCCUCUUGUUCGGUCUUCAUGUGUAGUGUUGUUAUGUGAGAAUAGCAUAGUUAAACAUAUUUGGGUAAAGAUCAUUUGGCCCAUUAAAUGUUAUCUUUCAGGACUGUGUGCAUUCUGGGCUGUCUGUGUAGUUUACAUAUGCCUUUUGUUCAGUGUUGUUUGUCUUUCCUGUCCUGAAACUCUUGUCUCUUCCUGUGGUUAAGGUCCCACCAGCUACCCAUCUAGCAUCUCAGUAAAGCAGCCAUUCUCUUUGUGAGAGUGGCAGGAGACUCUCCUACUGUGGAUCCUGUCUUCAGUCCUUGUACUGUCCAACAGAGAUCAUCGGAGGUGCAAAGCUUUCUUUAAUCCUUUUUAAAGUUAGGGAAACACCAAGGCUCAUUGUAAUGUUCUCCCUUCCCAACUGGCUCAGUCUCCGUACAAACUUAACAAUUACAUCUCACUUUCACUGAGCAGUCUAACUUACAUAAUAGGUCCUCUGUACCAUCUCCUGAAUAGAUUGCUGCUAAAAAAGGGUUUUGUUUAAUGCUGUCAAAUGCCAAUGAAUGCAAAUUAAAGGGCACAAACCAAAUUUAAUGAUGUUAACUUCUUGUUUGUGCAUGUAUUUUUACAGAUAUAUCUUGUACAAAUGUACAUCUCCUUUCAAUACGUCUACAAGCAGCCUGUUAAUUUUCACUCCAAAAUAUGGGGAAUGUAUUAGCUGCAGUGUGCCUUACUAGUUUAUUCCUAUUAGGUUUAAGGGACUUGCUUUUGUUGGUUGCAUUGAUAUGAACCAGUAAAGGGCUAUUGAAGUCAGCAGGCCAAGCCUGGGCUAUUCCGAGGUUGUUUCCUCUGAGAAAAUGCAAAAGGAAGUAUUGAGUAUUCCUCCAAUCAGUGCUGAAUUGUUGAUUUUAAGGUUUACAGGUGUUAUGUGAGGAAAUAGCCUCCAAUUCCACAUAUUUAAUACAACAAACCAAACAGGUCUGCAUUGUCUCUGAAGAGUCUGGGUUGUGAUGUAGAUGCUAUCAGGACAGGUUCAAACAAACAGGCUGUGGAGGGCAGAGAAAACCGUUGAACUGGAGCUUCUGUGUGGAUGACAUAAGCUUGUGCAGAACGUAUGUGUGAAGUGUUCGUACUGAGAGUGGGAAAGCACCUUUCAGCUUCCGCUAGGAGGAAUGUGAAGAUAUUGAACUUUGCUGGCACAGUGGGCCUGAGGGAGGGACGGGAUCCAAUGGUUAGAUUUAAUUUGACUUCUCUUUCCCUGCAACCCCACUCCCAGGUGUCAUCUCCUCUCUUUCCCACCCCACUCUCCAUCUUAAAGCUCACCUAGCACAGUCAGGUCAAUGAGUUAAAGCUUUUAGUUUGGGCAGAGUUUGAGUCUGCAUAACCACUUAUUCUCAAAAUAGAGUUUUUCCCAACCCUAGUCUGAUUCCAGAAAGUUAUUUUAGGCAGGUAAAAACACUUUUCAAAAUAUUGAGAAGAGAGUUAACCACUAGAAAUAUCUUAAACUUUUCACUUUUGAGUGGGUUCUUCCAAUUUGCACUGGAGCAUGGUUUCUUAUUCCAAUUUGUUUAUAGCUGGUUAUUCUGUCCGAAAUGUGUAGUAGUUAAAUUUUUUUAAGGUCACAGAGCACUUUAAUGCACUCUAAAUUGUUACUGUACUUUGUAUCUGAGGAUUAAGAAGUGGAAAUCAUGAAAAAGGCCAAGGAACGCAACCUCAAACAUUCCACCAAUGGAUGCAGUCAUGUGACUAUGGUCUGAUCACAUGAUAUCUUGGCCAUGUGAUGGGUUUCUUAGAGGUAACACACCUCUGUAUUAAUGGACCUAUGCAAUAUUCAGUCAUUUCCUGCAAGGCUGUGGGCUCAGCCCUGUUUAUUAUUUCAUGUCUUGUCACUAGGGACUCAAGUCUCCAUUCUAACACACACAAAAAUCAGUGCCAAUUGAACCUUGCUAGAGAUUUAGAGAUUACUUCUCUCAGAUGUUGAGGGAAAAGAUGUGUUAGGUUGGUUGAGAGGGACAGUGGUGGAGUGGAUAGUGUUCAAGGACAUUUAAUAUUGAUGGAGUUACCAGUCACUGAUGUUCUGGUUCCCCAUGGGCUCCAAGGAUGCCAUUCCUUUGGCACUCUGGCACCUGGUGUGUUGAGGCUCUGAGCUAGGGGGUCUCCUUAUUGCAAGUUUAAAUCCUGUAGGGUGAGUAUGUAGGGGCAGGGAGUGAGAUUGUUGAUUGAGUUUCAAUGAAAUUCUGUUCAUUGUGAAAUCCUUUUGAGCACCUUAUUGCUACAUGCCAGGAGAUCUUGGUGUUAAUGGAAUUGGCUUUUGUUUUAGAAUCACACUUAGGAUUUUACUAAUUUCUAGAAGCAGUGGUUAAGCUGGAAGACUGGUUACUGAUGGGGAAAGCACAGUUUCCAGUCGACUCCCUCCAACGAUUACUUUGUCAGUACCUCGUUUUCCAGAGAGAGGCUCAAAUAAGAAUAUUACACAAUGCUAAUGAAUUCAAGCAUGGCUUUCCUUGUAAUUUUUCUCUCUCUUUAAAAGAAAUGGUGUAAAUUUGCCAAAGGAUAAAUUGAUUUGUUUUUAUCUCUCUCUCGGCUGCACACCUUUAAAAUCAAAAUCUGCUCUUGUGGCAGAAGAUUCAACCCUUUAGAGCUGCCAGCAAAAAUUCAACUCUCUCGACCCUCAGGCACAGGUCCUCGUACUCCGAGCCACCCAGAUAAGAUUCUUUGCCCGUAUCUGUUCUGUUCUGGUCUGUGCUGUCCUCAGUCUGGUCAGCCCCCAACGUACAAGUUGCAUUAGUGGUCACUAGCUAUGCUGGGGUGAAGUGGGGUGUAGUGGAAUCUAGAGCUGUCACCCCUCACCGCUGGGUGACUUCCAAUGAAAACCAGAGGCAGCUUGAGGUCAUACCCAGCCAACCUUUGCUCUUGAGUCUCCCCUCGGGUGUUGUACAAGAAUGAUGCCUGAUUACCGUGGAGUUGCAUCUUAAUAGGAGCCAAGGCAGGCAGAUUGGAUAAAACACCACCUUUUAUACGUAGAUGGCAGAAUGGAAUCUGGGGUAUCUCCAAGAGGGCUAUGCAGAGAGCAUGAGACACUUUGAUAUCCCUGCAGUACUUCAAAUAAUGAGAAAUAUUACCAGCCUUCCAAGUGAACCAAUUAGCAAUCCAGCAAACUGACAAGUAACCUGUCAUUGCAUCAGCCCAUCUCCACUACAUUCAGUAUUAAUGCUAAAUCUGAUGAUGGCAAAGCAGCUGUGUUACUGCAGUUAAGGCAGUGUGACCUUAAGGUCUCUGUGCUUCCUGAUCACCAUGUGCAGGCUAGGCAUGUUACUGUUGUCUCUUGUGUUUCUGGGGUUUAGUGGGGGUAUGUGGAGAAAGGGCUUCCCCCUGCUGAUCACCGACAAGAAACGCCUGCUGUGCUAUUGAGCAAGGCCAUUCAGCAAAUGACCAUCCUGUUGGAGCUGCCUUGUCUGCUUGGGAGAGAAGUGACUGGGGUUUAGGUGGGUAUCCAGCUGUGACCACACAUUGGUGUCUCCAGAAAAUGUUGAGAGAAAAUUGGCAGAGUGCACAAGCUGUCUUCCUAAUGUGCACAAUGUCCCUCCUAAUCCUGUGUAACCACCCCUACAACCACAGCUAAUACAGUAAAGACUCAGGUCCUGGACUGUUGUUUAUAGUGUAAAAUCAUCAGAUUCUGUUUAGACUACAACAUUUAGUGAAAAGGGUUUGGGGGUGGGUGGGGUUGAAGUAUUAUUGAUUUUGAUUGAUCAUGUUAGGCUGUAUACAUUGUACAUAGUUUCAGAUCUGUCCUGUCACUGACUGCCAGUAACUGUGUUGACAGGACCUUGUAGUUAAUUUUGUUACAUGUUGUAAAAUUUAAAUGGGAAAAGAAACUGUUGAUAUUCUGUCUGAAUUGUGCACCUCCAAUGUCUUUAAAGAAUUGUAAACAAGAUUGUAGCACAUCGAACAAUUUGUUUUUAUGAUGGAUCAUUAUUCUUGGCAAUAUAAAGAGCUGCCUAGAACGGACCUGAUACCAGCAAUAAAGAAAAAUCCUUGUUUAUAUUCA